CUUCGAAUUGAGUCGGCCCAUGAGGUCCUCUUCAAAGCCAUAAGUUUUCUUAUUCCGAGGUUUCUCAGUUCUUUAAGAAUUCGAAAAAUACCAGGUUUCCAAUUUCAGAGAGCGGAGCGGACUUUAUUUCUGGGCCCCGGAGUCCCCCUUACAUCUCCCUCUCUCGCCGUUUUCUCCAUUGGCAAAAGCAUGUACCUAUACAAACACCUAUAAAUACAAAUGUAUUUAUACAACAGUUGUAUUUCAUUGUUGUACAAUAAAUAUCCCAACAUUCAUAUCAAUAUAAAGAUCACAGCUUUCUGCUUCCGAUCCAGGCAUAGAGCUCAAAUGCGUAGUUUUCUGUGGGGUACUUGUUUUUAUCUAUGUAUAAAAUCCUUGGCAAACAACGCCUCAUAUAUCGCUCUCUCAUCGGGAACUAUGUGAAAGCUGGUCUCAUUGAUAAAGCAAUCCAAGUGUUUGAUGAAAUGUCCAAUUCAGAUUGCAGGGUCUUUUCCAUUGAUUACAACAGGUUCCUUGGAGUGUUGAUAAAGAACUUGCGUUUUGAGUUAGCUGAACACUACUAUAAUUUGAUGGUUUCAAAAGGGUUCUCUUUGAGUUCCUUUACCUACUCCAGGUUCAGCUCGGGAUUGUGUAAAGUUAAGAACUUUGAGCUCAUUUGUAGGCUUUUUGAAGAUAUGGAUAGGCUCAACAUUGUGCCUGAUAUUUGGGCUUAUAAUAUUUAUUUGAAUCUUUUGUGCAGCGAGAAUUUAGUGGACAAUGCCUUGGAAUUGUUGAGAGUAAUGAGAGAAAAGGGGCGGGAGCCUGACAUAGUGAGUUAUACCAUUACAAUUAGUGGGUUGUGUAGAGUUAAAAGGCUUGAUAAGGCUGUUGAAAUGUGGAAAAUAAUGAUUAAGAAGGGCUUUGAACCGGAUAAUGAUGCUUGCAGGGCACUUGUUUUGGGGUUAUUUGACAAUGGGAAGGUUGAUUUGGCAUAUGAGCUCACUGUGGGGGAUAUGAAGGGGAAGGUUAAGUUUAAUGUGGUAAUUUAUAAUGUACUUAUAGAUGGGUUUUGUCAAACAGGCAGGAUUGAUAAGGCGCAAGCAAUGAAGUCAUUUAUGAUUAGGAAUGGAUGUGCGCCUGAUUUGGUUACUUAUAAUGUGUUGUUGAAUUAUUUUUGUAAUGAGCUAAUGUUGGACGAGGCAGAGAAUUUAGUAGAAAAGAUGGAGCGAAGCAGGAUGAAGCCCGAUGUUUAUAGCUACAAUCAGCUUCUAAAAGGUCUAUGCAAAGGCAACAGAGUAGAUAUGGCCUAUGUCUUGAUGGUCAGAAAGAUGGAAGCUAAAGGGUUAAUAGAUGUGUCCUACAAUACAAUUAUUAGAGCAUUUUGCAAGGUGGGUCGUGCUAGAAGGGCUUUUAAGCUAUUGGAGGAGAUACAGAAGAAGGGAAUUGUUCCUGAUGUGAAAACAUUUACCACCCUCAUAAAAGCUUUUCUUAGAGAAGGCAACUCAAGGAUAGCCAACAAUCUUCUUGAACAGAUGGCAAAAAUGGGUAUAUCUCCAGAUAGAAUAUUGUAUACUGUGAUUAUUGAUCACCGGUGCAAGAUUGGUAGCGUAGAAAUAGCUCACAGUAUUUUUCAUGAUAUGGUAGGGCAGGGAAUUGCCCCGGAUGUAGUGUGCUACAAUGCACUCAUCAGUGGGUUUUGCAAGGCUCAGAGAGUUAGUGAAGCAAUGCAUCUAUAUGAGGAAAUGCAAAGUAGAGGUUUGUAUCCAGAUGAGUUGACUUUCAAGUUAAUCAUUGGAGGUCUCAUAAGGCAAAUGAAUUAUUCAUUGGUUUAUGGCGUCUGGGAUCGGAUGAUGGAGAAGGGAUUUACCCUUGACAGAGAUAUAUCUGAGAUUCUUAUCAAUGUCAUCCAUUCAAAAGACGCAUCCUGAGGUAACUUCACCAAUGGUUGAAUUGCUGCAAAGCUCUCGCAAGAUAUAUUCUCAGUUGAUGAUGCAACUGUCAAAGCCUUGGCAUCAAGAGUUACCACAUAUUCCUGGCUGAUUCCAGAAAUAAUUAAACAGUUUACAUGAUGUGUGCUGUUCUACCCAUUUUGGGCUAAUUCUACACAGAUCAAAACCAGGCGCUCCAGUAUCAUCAUGUAGCAAGCCAGGUACUUUGGCUUCUUGCCCUUGUGCGGGUAUGAAGCUGAACUAGUUUUCUGAUAAUUUUCAUUAUCAUACUAAUCUAGGUAUGAUUUUUUCUUUUGCCUUUCUAAAGUAUUUUGUAAGUACCAUUCACAAAUACUCAACUCAAGAAAGUGAGUCUCUCUUUGUCGUGUGUAGUGGCAGUCUUUUGCAAUCAUUAGUCUUAAUCUCUUAAGAACAUAAUAUGGAACAUAAAAGUUACAAAUAUUAAUUUAAUGGAUAUUUUGUUCCUAUUACUUUCUAUUUUCUAUCGUACAUAGCCUUGUCGUAUUUUCUUUUCCUUAUCUUGAGCCACAGAUACAUUGCUUUGCGUUAAGCUAAAAAAGACUAUUUCCAUGUUGGCCCUCCGUAGAUUCAUCAGAUUGUAAGCUAGUGAUGUUUUCGGCUCCUAGACUUUUGCCAUCUAGGGGCAGCAUGGUAGAGGCAAUUUUGCUAUCUCUUAUACCAACACCAUUAAUAAUCGAAUCUUUAAAAGAACCAUCAAUAUUAUGCUUCUCAUCAAUUCAUUUUCAUUCUUUGUCAUUGUCCUCUAUUAGUGGCUGUGUUUUCUCCUUCCCCCUUUCCUUCCGUGUAAAGGCUGAAAAAUGAAAAUAAAGAUACCUUGUAAGCAUUCUAAAUUAUAAAGAAACAGUCCAAAAGCCAAGGUCAGUAAUAAACACUAGACAAACCAGCGAAGAGGCUUUAGCUUCAGGCGUGAGCCUCACAAAUGGCGCUUAAGGAGUAAGCUUUGAGGCAUUUUACAAAAGCCUCCGCAUGAUGCAGGAUUCAAGGCAUGAGCCUCAAAUAGCUUUUCUUUAGACGAUGAUUUUAAAAGAAAAGAAAAUAAACAUAGAGUCAAACACUAGAAAUAUAUGAAAGAAAAAAGGGUUGCCAGUUGUUUGGCAUUGAAAAGUAGCACCUUUACUUGGGUAGGUGGAUCGUUCAUCAGUAGAGAGCAAGGAUAGGCCAAUGUUCCUGACUUGUUUUCUCCAUCUCCAGUUUUUUUCUUUUUAGUUCUAUGGUUGUUUUGGUUUAUUGCAGUCUAAAUAUGAACUUAUUGGGCCAUGAAAAAUCUGUUUGAAAAGUUGAGACUAGUAUAAAAUAGCUCCAAAAGCAUUGGGGAUACUUUCCUUGGCUUUAUGUCUCAUAUCACGCUUUUUGAGUAAGUCAAGAUGUAAGCCUCAACAAAGGUCACAGAUUAUAUAUAGGGCUCCUAAUGAAUGCUUUGCAUGUCGUGUGAAGAUUUUACUGUUAUUUUACCUGUGAAGGGUCAUAGAUAUACAUCUUGUACUCGUCAAGAUUGUGCUGUUAUUUUCAAUAUGUUUUGGAAAAUUGGUUCUAUUGCAAACUUUAACCGUCCAUUGCAGCCAAAAGUUCUUUUUUUGAUAAGAUCAAUUUAUACAUCAUAUUUAAGUACCUGAGCAGUUCCACUUUUCUCAUUCGAAAGACUUAGCUUCGUACUGUUCUUUGAGUGUUGUAUGUUGCAUUAUCAAUGUAUCAUUUGAGCUUGAACACUGCCAUAUUCAACCUUAUUCGGCCUUGUAUCGGCACGAUGGUUUUCCACCGGAUAUUAGAUUAUUUGCCUUUUAUGCUUGGCUAAUGUCUGACUUGUUGUCUUUUCAGCAAUUCUAGUACCACUUCUGAUUCUGCCUUUUUCCUUGUUUUGGUUAUUUACUUAUUUCAAUUCAUGCUUUCAUCUAAACUUUAGAUACUGUAAUGAACCUUCAAAAGGAGACAGGUCAACAUUUUCUUCCACACGGCCAUCAAGAACAAUAUUGGACCAGUUACUGAUUUUCCUCGGCAACCACAGCCAUGACCGAAGCGGGUGUAGAUGUUCCCACCCUCAGCCGCAAGUGAAGCCACAGCCCACCUGAGCCAACAUUCAACUACUGACGCCAUGGACAUCUCAUAGAACCAGGCCAAUAGCAUGGCUGUGGCUGCAUUCUCUAAACUCCUGUGGAUAAACGAUCGUGGGAAUCCUGUCAAUGGAGGAAGCUCGACAUCUCCGCUGUCACAAAGAUAAAAAUCUCAAUAUUUGUUGUUUUUAAUAUGGAGGAGAAUAGAGACAAGUCUUUGCUUAUAUGCCACGAAAGCUCGAAGUUAAAUAGAUGAGCACUUAACAAAGUGGCACUAGGGUACCGCCUUAAUGCCGAUCAGACAUUGCUCACAAGCUUCACCAAUCCCAAUGGUAAAGGUGCGUACAGAUUUCUGUUUCAUUGUCGUGAAUCCUUUUUAUAAUGAAGUUUGUGUGUUAAAACCAUUAUCUGCGACAUUAAGCGAGUCUGGUUCACAAAUGUACAAUUGGUGGAAGCUAUGUUUGGGUUUGGAACGUCAUAGCCAAAAGCUGAGAAACGGUGGACGGUAGAAGAGUUAACUAUGAGACUAGAUAUUUAUAGGGAUAAAUUGUCCUCCACCAGCGUCUUGAUUGGGGAAGAAUGUUCAUUAUGAAGCGCCUAAAUAAAUAACGACGCUUGAAGGGCGAGCGUUCAGUUUCUGUUUCCUUAUGCAGUGAAGGUUGAUUAUUUAUUCUCAGAUCACAAUAGUUGGCACUUCAUUCUGUAUGAUUAUUUUCUUUUGUUGUGAUAGAAUUCUAUGUCAUGGUACUUGUAAUGAAGUGAUAGCAUGUUUGGUAAAACGAAAAAAUAAGUUAA